AUUAGUUAGAAAAAAUAAUGAUAAUAAAUUCCUGGGAAAGAGAUUACAACUGAUGUUGGAGGAAGCGCAUGCAAAACCUCAGCAAUGGCGCUUAAAACCCUAUCCACAUUUUUAACACCACUUUCUCUCCCAAACCACAAAUUUCUACAACAUCACACCAAACCACGCUUCAUUCUCUGCGAAUUUUCACGUCCUUCCAAAUCUCGUUUUCCCGCCGCCGUACCAGAAGGCACCGGCGCUGCUGCUCCGUCACCGGGCGAGAAGUUUCUCGAACGACAACAGUCAAUUGAGGCUGCUAAACUCAUCCUCAAAGACAACAAGAAGAGUAGAAAGAAAGAGAACAAGCCUCUUAAAGCUUCCAAUGCCGUCGCUUCUUGCUAUGGCUGCGGUGCUCCUUUACAAACUUCCGAUACCGAUGCUCCUGGUUUUGUCGAUCCGGAAGCCUAUGAGUUGAAGAAGAAACAUCACCAGCUUAAAACUGUUCUAUGUAGGCGGUGCCGUCUUUUGUCUCAUGGCAAAAUGAUAACUGCCGUUGGAGGACAUGGAGGAUACUCCGGUGGAAAUCAGUUCAUUACGGCGGAAGAGCUUCGACAAAAAUUGUCUCAUUUGCGUCAUGCCAAAGCUCUAAUUGUCAAAUUGGUUGAUAUUGUUGACUUCAAUGGCAGUUUUUUGUCUCGAGUGCGAGAUCUUGCUGGUGCCAAUCCUAUAAUAAUGGUGGUGACUAAGGUUGAUCUCCUUCCAAGAGACACUGAUCUUAAUUGUAUUGGAGAUUGGGUUGUAGAGGCUAUCACAAGAAAGAAGCUGAAUGUUCUCAGUGUCCAUCUCACCAGUUCAAAAUCAUUGGUAGGAAUAACUGGAGUGAUAUCAGAAAUCCAAAAAGAGAAGAAGGGAAGAGAUGUUUACAUUCUGGGAUCAGCUAAUGUUGGGAAAUCCGCUUUCAUCAAUGCCUUAUUAAAAACAAUGGCUUAUAACGAUACAGUGGCUGCAGCUGCACAAAGAUACAAACCAAUACAGUCUGCUGUUCCUGGAACUACCUUGGGGCCAAUUCAAAUUGAUGCUUUCCUUGGAGGAGGGAAACUGUAUGACACUCCAGGAGUUCAUCUCCACCAUAGGCAAACUGCAGUUGUUCAUUCUGAAGAUCUAUCCUCGCUUGCUCCUAAAAGCCGGCUGAGGGGCUUAUCUUUCCCAAGUUCUCAAGUAGUUUCGGACAAUACAGAGAAAGGUGCUUCAACAGUAGAUGGGUUAAAUGGAUUUUCAAUAUUUUGGGGAGGUCUUGUUAGAAUCGAUGUCUUGAAGGUUCUACCAGAAACAUGUUUGACAUUUUACGGUCCCAAACGACUACCAGUUCAUAUGGUGCCCACAGAGAAAGCAGAUGAGUUUUAUCAGAAAGAACUUGGAGUUCUGCUAACCCCACCAAGUGGAAGAGAGAAGGCUGAGAACUGGAGAGGACUUGACUCAGAACGUAAAUUGCAAAUAAAAUUUGAAGAUGCUGAAAGGCCAGUUUGUGAUAUUGCUAUAUCAGGUCUAGGGUGGCUUACUGUUGAGCCAGUUAGUAGGUCACACAAAUUUUCACAACAAAAAUCGAUAGACACCGCGGGGGAAUUGCUUUUAGCCGUACACAUCCCUAAACCUGUUGAGAUUUUUGUGAGGCCACCGUUACCUGUAGGCAAGGCUGGAGCAGAGUGGUACCAAUAUAGAGAAUUAACGGAUAAGGAGGAGGAAGUGAGACCAAAAUGGUACUUUUGAAUUAUGUAUGUUCUGUUUUUCCUUUUCUUUUUCUGCUUUUGGGGAGUGGAGGCGGUACAUGGAAAGCUCCAAAGCAUGUACAGUGUAUGUACUCAGUAGGCAUACCGUACUCGUGGUUACACUUUUUGUCCUUGUUAUUCUUGAGUGAAAUUUAUGACUUUUAACAUAUGUUAAUAAAAUUAUUUGGAUAUUUGAGUUUC